UUCUGCCGACAAACGCGUUGUUCCGUACAGUUCUUUUCGAGCAACAUACGAGCAAGCUCGAAUAAUAAAUAUCUAGUUGUAACACUUGUUAAAUAGUAUCAACAAAAACAAACUAAAAUGGCCGAUAAACCAAAACGCCCACUCUCCGCCUACAUGCUGUGGCUCAACAGUGCCCGCGAGUCGAUCAAACGUGAGAAUCCCGGCAUCAAGGUCACCGAGGUGGCCAAGCGCGGUGGCGAAUUAUGGCGGGCAAUGAAGGACAAGUCGGAGUGGGAGGCCAAGGCUGCCAAGGCCAAGGACGACUACGAUCGGGCUGUCAAGGAGUUCGAGGCCAAUGGCGGCGGCGGUGGUGCUGCCAACGGUGGAGCCAAAAAGCGCGCGAAACCAGUGAAAAAGGCGUCCAAGAAGAGCAAGAAGGAUGAGUCCGACGAGGACGAUGAUGAUGAGAGCGAGUAGACUGCUCAUCAUCCACCCUCUAUAAUCCAUCAUCACCAAGUCACACACAAGAACACAAAAACACUGGUGGCAACACCACAUCCAGCAUCAACAUCCACAUCCACAAACCCCCUCAAUAUCAUAGAAAGUCCAACGGGUCAUUUUAUUAACUACACCAACAAACAAGAUCUGUUGAUGUUGCACACGAGAGAAGAACAAAAAUACGCGAAAAUAAGCAAAAUUGUAUUUAUAAAUAUGAAUUUAAGUUUAUAAUAGUCGUUUCUUUUAUAAUACGCAUAAACAAAGAGGGACAGCCAACAGAAAAGGAAAAGGAAGUCGGAAAAAGAAAGGAUGUUCGUUAAGGUAUUUUUUUUUUCGUUUCUGCGGCGUUUCGUCAGAAAAAAGCGUUACGUUUGGGAAAUUGAAGAGAAAAUAUAUCUUGCAUAUAAAUUUUGUAAAGUAAACGAUAACAUAAUUCCAUUAAAAAUAAAAAAAAAAGAUACAAAAAUGGCUAGUUGUUCUCUCGGUAGUUGGAUGAAAUCGAUUCGAUUCAGAUCUGUAAAUGUUAUGAUCGGGCUGGAGAACGGGAAGUACAAUCUUCACAUACAAAAUACACGAGAAACAAAACAAACAAAACACCGCAAAUGAAACAAACGAAAUAUCGCUCAGGUCUUUUCGUCAUUUUGCAUUAAACAUAAUGUUUAACGUCUUGUUAGCUAAAGAUGUAUAGCAGACAGAAGCAGAUGUAAUUGCAUUUAAUCGGUAGUUUUAAUUGAUAACUAUACGUAUAAUUUAAUGAGAAAACAAACAAAUAAAAUAAAUACAUUUUUUAAAUGCGUUGAAAA